GCCGCCUCAGUCCAAUAGGAAUCCAGAGGCUGCCUGCAAGUGGUCUAAUCUCAAUGAGGUGUCAAUCAUGUUCCCUGGUGGGUGAAGUAAGGUCUUUUGUAACCGCCUCUGUCUUUGGGAAAAGAGAAGAGAGAGGAGAAAGACUUCAGCAGAGAGAGGAGGAACGCAGGACCGUGCUGCAGAAGGGGAACUGAGAUUUGAUUUUGCUUUUGCUUUAGCGGGGGGGGAAAGUGGAGCACAUGGAUUUCUAAAAACGUUGGGAUUUUAUAAAAAAAAAAAAAAAAAACCACCACUGAAAACAGUCCAAUGAAUCGUAAUUGCAGAUCAAUGCAGAGAAAUGGGGAAACUUCACUCGAAACAUGCUGCCGUUUGUAAACCCAGAGAAAGUCCAGAAGGUGAUAGUUUUGCAGUGAACGCCUCCCUGGCUCGGAAAGGGAUUGAGGACUGGAUGGUGAAGCAGAAAUACUUCGGUAGCAGCGGGGGCAGCAGUACGGGACUCCUGCAAGGCUGCCAGCACCGGGCUGUUUGCAGGCUCUCCGGCACCAGGGAUCCGUCUGGUGAAGGUUACAGAGAAACAAUUGGUGAUGAACACUUUCGUCUAGAAGUGGCUUUGCCUCCAGAGAAGACAGAUGGAGUUUGCAGUGGAGAUGAAAAGAAAGCUGGGAAAGAAAGUGACACACGUACAAGUUCCAGGAAACAACUAAAAUUUGAAGAAUUGCAAUGUGAUGUGUCUGUAGAGGAAGAUAACAGGCAAGAAUGGACCUUCACACUGUAUGACUUUGAUAACAACGGAAGAGUCACACGUGAGGACAUUACAAGCUUGCUUCAUACCAUCUAUGAGGUAGUUGAUGCAUCAGUAAACCACUCCCCUAGUUCCAGUAAAACUCUGCGAGUGAAGCUUACUGUGGCACCUGAUGGAAGUCAGAAGAAAAAGAGUAUCUUACUAAACCCUGCUGAUUUGCAGAGCUCUAGGCACAGAGCUGAGAGCAAAGCCAGUGAAGAACUGAGAAGCUCUGAAAAGAAGCAGCGGGCUUCUCUCAGAUCCACUGCUUUGGACAAAUCCUCUCUAUGGUCACUGUAUAUGUUUGGAUAUCACCCCAGUGACAACACUCCUGAGCAAAGCGGGUGCUAUCGCCAUUGCGUGGAUGAGAACAUUGAAAGGAGAAACCACUAUUUGGAUCUUGCAGGAAUAGAAAACUAUACAUCGAAAUUUGGGCCAGGAUCUCCUCCAGCAGCUCAGAAAUAUGACCCACCAAAUAGAGUUGUGAAUCAGACUAGAUCCCGCUCUCAUGAACCUGAAAUCUUCCAUGCCCACCACAGGAAAUCUCAAGUGGUGGACCCCAGCCACAUCAAUUUGGCUGAUGCCUCAUACGCCAAGAUUGCAGAAAUACAACAAAGGCUGCGCAAUCAGGACUCAAACAAGCACUUUGUUAGGUCUCCCAAGGUCCAGAGCAAAAAUGUAGCCUCUGUUCACCCUGGAAGGGCAGUAAGGAAUAAACCUCUUCAAGGUGCAUCCAUGCCGAUGGCUUCCCCAACUGCACGGGUGGGCCAGAAUCUUCCUUACCUCCCCAUGCAGUCCCAGCAGGCUCACAAGAAACAUAAGCAGAGGGCAAAGGAGAAUCAUCAAAUGUGCAAAACCUUCCAUUCUCCGGGGACAGUUGUGGAAAAAGAGCAGGUGAGAGACCUGCCCGCAGUCAUUUUAUAUGAAGGCCAAGUUGGACAAAUGAUCCAGAGACAUGAACACCAUCACCACCAUGAGCAUCACCACCACUAUCAUCACUUCUACCAGACAUAAAACCAAUCCCACCAAUAUCCUCCAGGAAUCCCCCCCAUAUGAAGGAAACGCCUUCCUGUGACUUCAGACUAAGGCAUUAUUAUGAUUAAUAUUAUUGUUACUCCAUUAAUAUUCUGCUAGCGUAUAUUUUAGAAAUUAUAUGAAACCAUUGAAACUGACACUAUUUAUAUGUUGUGAAACUGCAUAGCUUACUUAACAACUUGUUGAUAUUGGUUUUUAAGUGGCUUGUAAAACAACAAACAGCCAUAGCUUUCAGAGCUGUGAUUUAAUGCAGGUCAUCAGCGCACUUCCUUUACAAGUACUUCCUUCAUUGUAUUAGAAAAAGAUACUUCAAACAACACUGCAGACAUCUAGCUUACCAGUCUGCCAUAUGUCGGCUUAUUGCACACAAGCCUUUUAUCAGGGGAGCAAUGUUCGAAGGUUUGGACUCCAGAAAUACUCAGAAUAACAGAAAAUACAAACAGCUGCUACCUCUAGUAUUAUUCAAAUUUUCUUUUCUUUUUAUUGAUUGUAAUGUGCUACAAGGGGAUUUUAAUAUACUGCAUUCAUGUAGCCUGUUUGUGUUGUACUUUCACAUCUUCUCAAGCUAUCUUAAUAAUUACAAGGAAAUAUUAGCUAUAUUUGUCAACAGAGCUACAUUUUACAACUGAUACUUUCUUUUUCCCUUCAAGGUUCUUUACUGACUCAAGUCCAGUCUGUUAGAUAUUGAGUAAUAUUUAAAUAUACUUCCUUUUUUCUUUUAUUUACUCUCCAUUCUGCAUUGGGAAACCAUCUGAGAGGAAAGAAAAGAGGUGGAUGUUAACCAUCACUAAACCUUAAUGCUUGGGCCAUAACUAACAUUCAUUGUUUUGUUUUGAAUCCACAAUUCUUUGUUUUGAGAAAGAAUUGGAGGAAAAUAUACUUUCUCACUUUAAAUGUUGGCAAAUAUAUAUAAAAAUAUAAAUAGAUAAAUAUAUAUAUAUACACACACACUCUCAGGUACAUUUUCUUGUGUUUUAGAAAUCUGUGGUUUGAAUAUUAACAUUAUUUUUUUCUUACAACAGUGACUUUUUAGGUAUGUUAUAAAACACAUACCCCAUGGCAUUUUCUGGGGUGCCUGCGAUUUGUGUUUCCCCAGCACCUACAGCUUUGCUCUGCUCCUUUUUUAAAGACAAUUCAACAUGUAAAGAACGCUGCUCACAGUCAUUCUGGCCUCUACCACUCUUUUCAUAUCAAAGGGCUUCCAUUCCACAAAGUCAAAUGAGGCAAGACCUAUGAGACCAGUAUUGGCUGCUGAGAAAUGUAAAGGUCAAAUGCAAAUGGGAAAAAGUGUGACAAAAAAGUCAGUACAUCUGAGUUUUGCUUUCUGUGAGGCUCAGAUUUGUAGUACAUUUGUACAGUGCAGGCAAAAGUGAGUAAAUAGCAACUGCUCUAUUGCUUUGGGAACUAAAAAGUAGAGUUCUGAUCACAUAAAAAUGUAACUGUUCUAUCAAACGUAUUUGCUUUUGGUUUUAGUUUCUUUUAAUUAUUUGUGUGUUUUGUCUACAAUGUAUAGUGGGAAAUGUUACUAUCCCACAUUUCUAAGGGCCCUUUAUGAAUAGGGCCUGUUUUGUUGCAAACUACAGUCUUGAUCAGUUCAAGAUGGGAGAUUUCCCUGCUGCUGAGCGUUAAAACUGUUAGAAGGAUAGUGUCCUAGGGAAGGACACAGAGACAUCAACAUUUAAAGAAAACAAUGUUGAAAGCCUUGCCUUCUUGUGGAAUUGUGGGUAAUUAGUUCCAUCUCAUGUCUCCCAAAAUCAGCAGUUAUUUAGACUUAUUGUCCCUUUGAAAAAUCUGGUUUAUUUUUAAUUUCUUUUUUAGACGUCGACAUUGUGUUCUGUUAAAUCUAGCAAAAUGUUUUAAAGUGUGUUUGAUCUGUGUGACAACUAUACUGUUCUGUUUAUUUUAAAAUUCCUAAGUCCAAAAAUAUUUAUAUGCAGAAUGUUCUGUAUUGAAAAUAUGAAAAGGCCACAAAUUUGGUUAGUUACCACUGAGUUGUUCUAGUCUAAGCCUAUUUUGCUGCUUGUGUAUCAUUCUUUUUCAAUGUAUAUAGAAUUAUGGACUGCAAAAAAAAGGCAUUUACAUGUCUAGUAGAAAGAAUAAGCUUAUUUAUAUUAUAGUGUUAACGAAGUCUGAUGUAUUCAAGUGACUUAUGUUAUAUCGCAUGCAAACACACAAGUGUACAUUCCAUCUGAAAAGGGAUGCCAUGCUAUCUGUUCCUGAGAUGUAAGAGAUGCUGUUCUCUUUUCAGCAGAGUAUUUGCCACCGUUCUGCAAUGUUAACAAAAGGAAAUGGUUGAUUCUUUAAAAAAUACACAGAUCAUUGCUGGCCAAAAUAUUUGAAAUCUAGAAUAUAUUUAGUAUGUUUUGUCUGAGGGGCAGGGGCUUGGGAGAGGGAGGAAUGUAGAAUGGGCAAGAAUUGCUCUAAAACCCAAAGAUAUUCUGCCAGAAAAGAUAACAGCAGUAGUAGUAACAAACUCCCAUCUAAUCUAAACAUGUCCGAAGUUAAUACCAAUGAAAGUGGACUCUUAAAACAGCGAAUCACAAUUGACCAUCAGCCACAACUUUUAACUUGAUUUAUUUUUUGAUAUCCAAAAGACAAAUUCUACCUUGCUUAUAUUCUGUGAAGUACAAAUGAAUUUUAAUAACAUGGCAUCCCCACACUAAAAAAUUUGCACCAGCCACGUACGAAUAUACAGUAGCUAAAUACUGUGUUGCAUUUGUGUUACGUGCAUUAAGUGUGAAUAACUGCUCAUGUAGCACAGGUUUUUUUCACAGAACCCUAAGUUUCUGUAUCUUUUAAAAAUGUUUGCUUUUCAGUAUUUUGUAUAGUAAAUAUAGAUGGUUUUGACUAAAUGCUUUAUUUAUUUAAUAGCAAAAACUGUGCCAAGAGAAACUCCUGUUAAUUAAAGUUUUACUAGUUCAGA